GUUCUUUUAUAAAUUGUAAGAGCAUCUUGUUAAAUAUCGUGCGUAAAAUAUUCUACUUUGAGGAUUUUCUUUAUUUAGUGAGAAACAAUUAUAAAUCGACUCGUUAUCUUCGAUAUUAUGUAUUCUAAUUUUCUCUUAUCAUAUAAUUUCAACGUAAAUAAUGUUGCUGAAUAAGUUUCGACAGGUGUUUAUAAUUAUACUGAUCAUCAAAUUUUUUACGAAAUGUACAGCUGGUGUUUACAAGACCGCUCCCCAUAUUAUCAUUUUCAUGGCCGACGAUUUGGGUUGGAACGAUGUUGGAUUUCACGGUUCUAAUCAAAUACCAACCCCUAAUAUUGAUGCACUUGGAUACAAUGGGAUUAUUUUAAACAAACAUUACGUAUUACCUUCGAGUACUCCCUCAAGAAUAGCAUUUUUUACAGGACUCUAUCCAAUUCGUAUGGGAAUGCAAGGAGACGGUAUUAGGGGUGGCGAACCACGGGGUUUACCAUUGGAUAUUAAAAUUUUACCCGAACGUUUGAGAUCCUUGGGAUAUACGACUAAAUUAAUUGGCAAAUGGCAUAUUGGUUAUCAUACCGCACAGCAUACACCUUUGCACAGAGGUUUCGAUUCGUUUCUUGGAUUUUAUAAUAGUCAUGUCUCGUAUUACGGUUACAGAUAUUCGUAUCAGAAUAUGACCGGAUACGAUAUGCAUCGAGGGGAUGAUCCAGCAUACGGAAUUUCCGAUAAAUACGCUACGAAUCUUUUUACUCAAGAAGCUAUCAGGAUAAUUGAACAUCACGAAAUUUCACGGCCCCUUUAUCUUCAAUUAUCGCAUCUCGCUGUACACGCACCUUUGGAAAAUCCGCAAGAUUAUUACAAAGAUAGAGAAUUCAAGCAUAUCAGAGACCCUAAUCGGCGAAAAUACGCAAGGAUGGUGGUUGAAUUGGACGAAUCAGUAGGUAACGUUGUUCAUGCAUUGGGUGAGAAAGGAAUGUUAAGCGAAUCCUUGAUAUUGUUUAUAACCGAUAACGGAGCACCCUCCGUUGGAAGGCUCAGAAAUUGGGGUUCGAAUUAUCCAUUAAGAGGGACGAAAAAUACUCUUUACGAGGGUGGCGUGAGAGGUGUGGCUGUACUUUGGUCUCCCAGAUUGCAAAAAUCUGCACGAGUGUCGAAUCAAUUGGUACACAUAACUGAUUGGUUACCAACGUUAUAUUCAGUGGCAGGUGGUGAUCUAAAAGAUUUAGGUGAAAUCGAUGGAAUAGAUCAAUGGAAUGCACUUAGCUUGGAAACGGGUAAAGAAAGGGAAAGUCUUUUGUUAAAUAUCGAUUAUGGUAGAAAGAUAGAGGGUGCGAUAUACAAACGUUUCAAAUUACUUCGAGGACCACCUGAAUAUAGUAUUUACGAUGUAUAUUACGGUAAUCCAGAAAAAUACGAUCAAUCGGCUGAACUUCCAUCCUAUGCCGAUUCAAUAAUGAAAAGUUCUGUUUCUGAUAGUAUUACUUAUUAUCUUGGAGGACCGGUUACUCAACCUAGCACUAUAGUACAUUUACGUCAAGAAGCUACGGUUACCUGUCAAUCGAAUUUCAGUUAUCAAUUUAAAACUUCUUUAACGGCUUGCAACGCUACACAGUGUCUCUACGAUUUGGAAAAUGAUCCUUGCGAAACGAGAAACAUUGCAAAUCAAUAUCCAAGGAUCGUUAAAGAAUUGGACGAUAUAUUAGAAAAAUAUGGACGUUUUUCGAUAAAUCAAUACAGAAUGCCAAUCGAUUGGAGAGCCGAUCCAAGGAGAACAAACGACACUUGGGAACCUUGGUUGGUUCCUAGUAACUCGCAGUCUGCGUCUACGUUUACGAUCAAUUUCUUAUACUUUAUUUUUCUCAUAACAAAUAUGCUUUUAACUAACGUGCUCUAUUAAGAAGCAUAAAGAUGAAUUACUUUAAAAAAAAAAAAAAAAAA